GGACAAGAAAAAGGCAGUUGCAGCAGUGUGCGUUUUGUGGAUCCCUGGCUGGAGGCAAGCCGCUCUCCUUCUCAGCAGCUGCAAGGUUAUGCCACGACUCAGACUUAUUGGAUGCCUGUUAAUGAAAGAGAAGGGUUGAUACUUGCCCAAACAUUGCAUGACGGUCCAUAGAUUGUAAACCAAGAUGGCCGCUGGGGAUACUGCUCCUUUGGGAGGCAUCUUCACUAAUGUACAGCAGGAUGGCGGGGAUGAUGAGGCAGCCUUUCCUGGCACGGAGGAUGAUGAUGAAUUGGACAAGACCUUGGGUGUUGAACGGUUUGGAGACCUGAUCAGCAAGUCUGCAUUACGAGACCAGGAAAAGCAAGGCCGCAGCUACUCUGAGACCGACUUUGAAU